AUGGCCGACUUCAUUCUUUUCGAGGGCCCUAUGGGUUUCUCGCUUUUCAAGGUCGCCCACAAGGGUGAUUCCGUGGGACAUAACCUGAAGGAGGUUCAGGAGGGUGUCGAUGAUCUGGCUAAGUUUGGCAAGAUGGUUCAGCUUUCCAGUUUCUUGCCCUUUGAGAACAACAAGCAGGCUUUGAGCGAAAUCAACGAUAUUUCAGAGGGUGUGGCUUCUGAAGCGCUUGUCUCUUUUCUCGAAAUGAAUCUUCCCAAGCCGAGCAAGAAGAAGAAGGUUGUUCUGGGACUCGCGGAUAAAAAUUUGGCCACCAGCAUCAAGUCAGCAUUCUCUUUCGUGGACUGCGAAACCGGUGAUACCAGCGAGGUUGUCCAGGAUAUGCUCCGCGGCGUUAGACUUCAUGCUAGCAAAUUGCUGAAGCAGCUCCGAGAGGGCGAUAUGGACACUGCCCAACUAGGUCUUGGUCACGCCUACUCUCGCGCUAAGGUCAAGUUCUCUGUUCAGCGCGACGACAACCACAUCAUCCAAGCCAUUGCUAUCCUCGACCAGCUCGACAAGGCUAUCAACACUUUCUCCAUGCGGGUGCGAGAAUGGUACUCUUGGCACUUCCCGGAACUCAUCAAGAUCGUGUCAGACAACCAACGAUACGCUCAGCUUGCCCUUUUCGUCAAGGACAAGAAGACUCUGACCGACGAGAGCCUGCAUGAUGUUGCCGCCCUUGUGGAAGAUGAUGAGGGUGUUGCCCAGAGCAUCAUCGACGCCGCUAAGCGCAGUAUGGGCCAGGAUAUCUCAGAAUCCGACAUGGAGAACGUUAUCUCAUUCGCGCAACGAGUUGUCAGCCUUUCCAAAUACCGCAAGUCUCUCCACUCCUACUUGGUUUCUAAGAUGAAUGUGGUCGCUCCCAACCUUGCUGCUCUGAUCGGAGAUAUCGUUGGUGCUCGCCUUAUCUCUCACGCUGGAAGCUUGACCAACCUGUCCAAGUACCCCGCUUCCACUGUUCAGAUUUUGGGUGCUGAGAAGGCUCUUUUCAGAGCCUUGAAGACCAAGGGAAACACUCCCAAGUACGGCCUUUUGUACCACUCCUCCUUCAUUGGUAGGGCUGGUCCCAAGAACAAGGGCCGCAUUUCCCGUUUCUUGGCCAACAAGUGUUCCAUCGCCUCUCGAAUUGACAAUUUCAGCGAGGAGCCGACAACAAAAUACGGUGAUGCUCUCAAGAAGCAGGUUGAAGAGCGCCUUGAAUUCUACGCGUCCGGUGCCCCACCCACUAAGAACGAAGUCGCUAUGAAAAACGCUAUGGACUCUGUCUUGGCUGGUAUGGACGUUGAUGGCGAUGAGAGCGACGCCGAGGUGAAGGAAAAGAAGGAGAAGAAGGAGAAGAAAAAGGAAAAGAAGGACAAGGGCGAGAAGGAAGAGAAGAAGAAGAAGCGCAAGUCCGACGCCGGCGAGUCGGAAAAGAAGAAGCGGAAGCACGACACCGAUGCAGAGCCUUCCAAGAAGAAGAAGAAGGUCUAA